AUGAAGGGACUAGGUCCCAAGCACCCCUCUCCCAUCAUCUCACCCUCGCAGACGUCCUUCCACGUCACCUCGCACGCGUUUUCGAAGACUCAGGCGCAGGGGGGCCCGUACAGAUAUAACGGGCUCAACACCUCCCUGGAGAAGAGCUACGUCACCGGCCCGGACAACUUCAUCACCACCUACAACCGCCUCGACUUCCACCCCAGCUACAACCCACGCAGGCCCUCGUACUGUUAG